CCCCGGCCACGCCCCGUGACGUCAAAGCGGGCGGGCGCGCGCGGGCCGUGCCGGCGGAGGCGCGCCCGGGAGCGCAGCGGGGCCGGUCCCGGUGCUGCCGGUGUCGGAGCGGGCGCAGGCUGGUUCCCCGAGGUGACACUGGGGUGCCCAUCGCCGGCAGAGAGGCCAUGGCCAUGUAGUGCCCGCCGGGAGCGGAGAUGGCAGCGCAGAGGAUCCGGGCGGCCAACUCGGGAGGGCUCCCGCGGUGCAAGUCCGAGGGGACGCUCAUCGACCUGGGCGAGGGCUUCGCUGAAACCACGCUCUGCGACGUCAAAGUGCCUUCUCCCAGUGCCUUGCUGGUGGACAAUCCCACGUCCUUUGGGAACGCAAAGGAAGUCGUAGCAAUCAAGGAUUACUGUCCUACAAAUUUCACCACCUUGAAGUUCUCCAAGGGGGACCACCUGUACGUGCUGGACACGUCAGGAGGGGAGUGGUGGUACGCCCACAACACCACAGAGAUGGGCUACAUCCCAUCCUCCUACGUGCAGCCCGUGAACUACCGCAACUCCUCCCUCACGGACAGCGGCAUGAUCGACAAUCUGCUGGAGAGCCCCGACGAGGGCGUCAAGGAGCUGGACCUGCUCGGGGAAUGGACUGAUGCAAAGAGAAACUCUGCCAAAUCCUACCACAACAACCCCUUCCUGAACGGAGUGCAGACCAACCCGUUCCUGAACGGGAAUUUGCAAGCAGCGCCCGGCUCAGACAAAGAGUCCAACUCCAGCGUUGCCGUGGAUUUGUUGCUCUUCAACACGGCGGCUCCCACAUCAGCUCUUCCCAGUGCGGCUGCCAACAGCAGCCUGGGGAACCUUUUUGAUGAGUUUCCCUCCACAAACAGGCUGGAUGUGGAACAGCCCGUGAGAAGGGACAACCCCUUCUUCCGAAGCAAACGCUCCUACAGCUUGUCCGAGCUGUCUGUCCUUCAGGCCAAGUCGGACGCGCCAGUGUCGUCAUGUUUCUUCAGUGGUUUGAAGUCUCCCACCCCUGAGCAGUUCCAGAGCAGGGAGGAUUUUAGGACAGCGUGGCUGAACCACAGGAAGUUGGCUCGGUCUUGCCACGACUUGGAUUUGCUUGGCCAGAAUCCUGGCUGGGGUCAGACGCAACCAGUGGAGACCAACAUCGUGUGCAAGCUGGACAGCUCCGGUGGGGCCGUCCAGCUGCCGGACACCAACAUCUGCAUCCACGUGCCUGAGGGCCACGUGUGCCCCGGGGAGACGCAGCAGAUCUCCAUGAAGGCCAUGCUGGACCCACCACUGGAGCUCAACAGCGACAAGUGCAGCACCAUCAGCCCCGUCCUGCAGAUCAAGCUCAGCAACAUGGAGGUGAAGACCUUCAUCAUCCUGGAGAUGAAGGUGUCGGCGGAGGUCAAGAACGACACCACCAGCAAGAGCCUGGUGGGGCUGCAAUGCCUGCGCAGUGAUGUAAAGGAGGGACCAUACACGCCGAUGCAGCUGAGCUAUUCCUACGGGGACACGAUCCAGGUGCAGCUGGAGAACCUGGAGCCCUGCAUGUACAUCGCAGCCGUGGCGCAGGGCCAGAACAUCCUCUACCCUUACACCGUGUGGGAUUACAUCAGCAAGAAGGUCACAGUGGGUGUCUAUGGCCCCAAGCACAUCCACCCUUCCUUCAAGACCGUGGUGGCCGUGUUCGGCCAUGAGUGCGCGCCCAAGACCCUGCUGGUCAAUGAGGUCACCAGGCAGUCCCACGGCCCAGCUCCCGUCGCCCUCCAGCUCUGGGGGAAGCACCAGUUUUCCCUGUCCCGGCCCCAGGACCUCAAGCUCUGCAUGUUCUCCAACAUGACCAACUAUGAGGUGAAGGCCAGCGAGCAAGCCAAGAUUGUCCGGGGCUUCCAGAUGAAGCUGGGCAAGGUCAGCCGCCUCAUCUUCCCAAUCGUGUCCCACGACCCCAAUGAGCUCUCAGACUUUACACUGAGGAUACAAGUCAAGGAUGACCAGGAUGCCAUUCUGACCCAGUUCUGUGUCCAGACGCCACAGCCACCUCCAAAAAGUGCCAUCAAACCUGCGGGGCAGAGGCGGUUCCUCAAGAAGAAUGAGGUGGGGAAGAUCAUCCUCUCCCCUCUGGCUGCCACCGCCAAGUAUCCGGUUUUUCAGGACCGGCCGGUGUUGAGCCUGAAGUAUGGGAAGCUGCUGAAGACGGUGGUGAGGCAGAGCAAGAACCACUAUUUGCUGGAGUACAAGAAGGGAGAUGUCAUAGCCCUCCUCAGUGAGGAGAAGAUCAGGUUGAAAGGCCAGCUGUGGACCAAGGAGUGGUACAUUGGCUACUACCAGGGGAAGAUCGGCCUCGUGCAUACCAAGAACGUGCUGGUGGUCGGGAAGGUCAAACCCAGCUACUUCUCUGGGCCGGAUCUCACCACCAGCCUGCUGCUGGAGCAGAUCCUGAGGCCCUGCAAGUUCCUGACCUACAUCUAUGCCUCUGUGAGGACUCUGCUGAUGGAGAACCUCAGCAGCUGGCGCUCCUUCGCCGACGCCCUGGGCUACCUGAACUUGCCGCUCACGUUUUUCUGCCGGGCGGAGCUGGACAGCGAGCCGGAGAGAGUGGCCUCCGUCCUGGAAAAGCUGAAGGAAGACUGCAACAGCGUGGAGAACAAGGAGAGGAAAUCCUUCCAGAAGGAGCUGAUGAUGGCCCUGCUGAAGAUGGACUGCCAGGGGCUGGUGGUGCGGCUGAUCCAGGACUUUGUGCUGCUGACCACGGCCGUGGAGGUGGCCCAGCGCUGGCGGGAGCUGGCCGAGAAGCUGGCCAAGGUGUCCAAGCAGCAGAUGGACGCCUACGAGGCCCCGCACCGCGACAAGACGGGCACGGUGGACAGCGAGGCCAUGUGGAAGCCGGCGUACGACUUCCUGCUCACCUGGAGCAGCCAGAUGGGGGACAGCUACAGGGAUGUCAUCCAGGAGCUGCACACGGGGCUGGACAAGAUGAAGAACCCCAUCACCAAGCGCUGGAAGCACCUCACGGGCACCCUGAUCCUCGUCAACUCCUUGGACAUGCUGCGGGCAGCUGCCUUCAGCCCCCAGGACCAUGAGGAUUUUGCCAUCUAGCCCGUGUUUGUCCUCUUCUCCUUGGCUGGGAAUUUUUUUCCCCUGUGCUUCUCCCCCCGCGCCCCCAACCCCGCCUCCCUUUUCUUUAGCAGUUGACUUGAAAGAGAAGGAGUGGAGGUUGCUCUCCGCUGGGUUUGAAGAGGCCAAAGUUUGCAAGUUCUUCACCAGGACUGGAGAUCAGCAGGAGAUAUCCCACCUUGAUGGAAAAUUCAUCUGGAAGGGGGAUGGCUUUUCAUCCAGUUAAACUAUUUCUUACUAAACAAAAACACUUUCAAGAGGGCAAGGGGUGGGGAGGGAUCCCAAAAGAGAUCACGUUUUCUAGGCAUUUACAAAUAAAAGUCUAAUUUUUGUAACGAGCAGUAAAAGUUGUCACCACUUUGGGGAGGGGUGGGGGAAGCUGUUGCUGGUUUUAGGUUGUAGAAACUGCUUUGAAAUGAUGAGGUUUGAGAGAAGUAUGAGUAAUACAUAUUUUAAGAGGAAGCACAGUUAAUACCCUUUCCCCCCACCACAGGCAGGUUUUGAGCUACCAGAUGUGACUAAAGGACCAUAAGGAACUUGGGCUGUCCCCAAAUUUGGGAUGUGCUCAGCCCAAACAGCACCUAGCACCAAAAGAGACCUUUUUAAAGAAUUAUUUUAUUUUAUUCACCGGCCCUGUGAGUAUUUUGGUUGAUUUUUGGGUUAUUUUCAUGUCUCUGCAGACGUGGAUUUUCUUGUUUGUGGCAAGGGAGUUGUCUGUUCCUGUUUUUUAACCAGGAGGAACUUCUUCCCACCUGGAUGGGGUGCAGGACACCUCUGGAAGAAGCUGGAGGUUUGGGGCUUGCCAGAGACCUCAGGAGGAUGGUGAGAGGGAAUCAAAUUUCCCAGGUGCUCCUGGCCAGAAAGGGGGAGAAAAUUGUUGCCAUCAAGAUAAUCCCUCUCCAGGCAGAAAAAAAAAAAAAAAAGGAAGAGAGAAUCUUUCUCCUAAUUUGAAAUCUGAGCUCACUGGGGAUGUUCCAGGUGCUCUUUGCCAUUGAUUUCUAAUUCUUCAAGCCUCCUCAAAUCCCCUUUAACUUGUAAAUAAUCUUUUCUAUAAACCUGGUGCCAAGAAACUCAGUAUUUGUGUCACCGAGUGCCUGUAUUAUUUUUCUCCUGUUCCUUUAAAUCUGAGUUUUUUUGAACGACUUCCUUUCCUCCUUCUGCUCCUCAGCCUUCCGAUAUUUCAACUGGGAGGGAAAUAUUUUUGCACAGAAAGAUUAUUUUAAGUGCAAAGGCUCCUUUUAGUGAAAAGCUGCUACCAGAGGACGUGUAAAGGUUUUUAAAGGAUGAUUUUUUUUUCUUUUCAGGUUAAUUUAAAAAAUAACAGAAGAAAAAGAGUAGGAAGGUUUUAUUCCUGUUGUUAAUGGUCCCUUUUUUAAAGAAAAAAGAGUUUUUCGUGAGAAAAAAAAUCCAAUUAAAGCUGUUACUCUCCA